AUGGCUUCGCCCGUGCCAGCCGCCAGUGCGACAGUUUGCCAAGAGAGCCGGGAUGAUCCACGGCUCCUCGGCUGUCGAAACCUCGGUGGGCGGCAACAGCUGGAGCAGAAAGUCCAUUUGGAGGAGCUGGCAGCCGAAGGACGCAAAGCGGCUGCAGAGCACAAGGCGCGCGAAGUGCGGCCCGGCUGGGCUCGGGCACUGCGCGAGGCGAAGGUGCGGGAUGGCACGUCCAAGCGCUCCGAGGUGGUGGGUGCUCUCCAUGAGGGCAGCCGAGUGCUCGUUGCGGAAGUGUGCGGCACGAAGGCCCGCAUCCAACAGCCACUCUCUGGGUGGAUAGCUUUGUCGAAGCACACGGAGCCCGUGCUUGAGCAGGAGUCGUGGCAGGCGCAGGAGGGCAAGUUGGCAUCGUCUUGGGUGGUCAGCAGCGUGCUGGCGCGCCUUUCAGCUCCGUCAGCAGGAGCUCAAUCCCAGGCGCAGCCGCAGCUGCAGACCCAGGGUAUGUCGGAGGUACCAACCGAGAAUGUUGAGGAUGGAGCCGACGCAGCCUCAGCGGAGGAACCGCUGUUAGCGAUCAGCACAGAUACGGACAUCCCAGUCCUGUCGACAUCACCUCUGGGUCCAACAUCGGGAUCUUCACCUCUGCCGCCUACGCGCAGCUGGUGGGCUGCCCUGCGCCAAGCAGUGAAAGAUGCAUUUCGCUGCGCUGGAUGGUGCCGAUAA